AUGAAUACUGCUGUUAGAACAGCUGUUGAUACUUUUUCAGGUAUAAUACUUUCGCCUUCUGUUGCUGAAAAUCUCCAUAAUCAAACGUUACAUGCUCUUCGUUUGGUCGAAAAUAAUCUAAGUGGUACAUUUGAACAAUUGAAUGUUAAAUCAUUACAUUCAUCGUCUACAUUAAAUGAAUUAACACAAUAUCCAAAUUUGUUUCGAGAUGAAAUCAAAUCUGUUGAAAAGUUGGAACUACGUAUGGCUAUUAUUGGUACUAUGAAAGCUGGUAAAUCAACAAUAUUGAAUGGAAUUAUGGGUUAUGAUUUGUUACCAUCAAGAAAUACAGCUAUGACAACAUUGCCGACAGAAAUAUUAUUUAGUCAACAUACUGAACAACCAGAAUUAAUAUUAAAGUCAGAGCUGAUAAGUACGAUUGAUGAGAUCAGUAGAAAAUUACAAUUAAAAAGUUCUGAUUGUAAUUUAAGCACUCGGUUGCGAAACGAACAAGAUUUAAUGAUAGUGAUGCAGCAUAUAUCAGCAAACAAACAUAUAACUUUAGAAUUGGUAACGUGUGGGCAAUCAAAAAUUGUUGAUAGUCUAAAAUAUAUUAAUGACGUAGUACUACCACUGCGUCACUCAACUUCGAUCCCACAAGGCGAAUUCAUAAUUGUUGAUACACCAGGACCGAAUGAUAGUAAUUUAACUGCUCACUUGAGGCAAAUUGUUAUUUCAGAACUACAAAAAGCUGCAUUAAUAUUAGUUGCACUUGAAUUCAUUGGUUCAGACUCCACUGCCGAAGUGGAACUAAUGAAAGAUAUCAAAACGAUACAAGAAUAUAGAGAAACGGAUGUCCCAUCGUGUCUAUACGCAUUAGUUAAUAAAAUCGAUCAGUAUAUAGAAGGUAAACAUAAUCCAGUUAAAGAAACGGAGGCCGCAGUAGCAAUGAAAUAUAACAUACCAUUAGCUAAUGUUCAUGGAGUAUCUGCAAUGAACGCUUUAAUAUCAUAUACGUUUCGUCAAGAAUAUGAAGAGAUUAGAAAGAAAUCGGAUGUUACACACGAAAGGUUGAUGAGAGAAACGAAUUCUUACAGAAUGUUUAUGCAGCAAGCUUUAGGUCAAACAUGGGAACAAGCUGCAAAAUAUAUAAAUGCCAAUCUUCUUCCUAAUAUUGCUGAAGAAUUGUGGAAAAAAUCGAAUUAUGAUUCUUUUUUACAUAAUACAUUAGGUAUAGUGAGUCAACAUAUUAUACCGAUAUGUUUAACAACAGCAUUACAGAAAUGCAUUUAUUACAUAGGGAAGUCUUAUGAAAAGAUAAAUAUCAGAAAAUCUUGUUUGGACAUUGGUGAAAAACCAUUACUCGAAACUUUAUCUCGCUUCGAAUAUGUCCAUCAAGAACUCCAUUCGAUUCAAAAGAAGGCAGAAGAAAAUACCCAUCAAUGGCGCUGCGAUAUUAUUAAAUUUGUAGAUGAAUCGUUUGAUGAAGCCGCAAGUAGAAGUAAGCACGUUGUGACGGAGAUUCUCGAUGAUGAAUCCACAGAACAUAGCAGUUCUCAUUGGAAAAAAUUACUUAUUGGUAAAGAUAUCUUGUAUUUUAAUACAAAAGACGAUGCAGAUUUAUUUUUCGAAACGUUUUUCUACAGCAUCAAAGACGUCAGCGAAAGUUUAAUGCAUGCAUUAAACUGGAGCAUAUAUGAAAAAGUAAAUAGAAUGUGUUUCGCUUUUCAAAACCACCUGCAAUUGGCAACCAACGAUAUUUGUGACAGCAUUGGCAUGCAUCUAAAAUUAUUGCUUGGUUUCGAAGUAAUACACUUCGAAAGUGUUUCAAAACUGUUGAAUAUUACCAACUUUUCAAGCGCUCUUACAGAAACACAAGUAGUGGUAUCCCGGAGGCUAUGGUAUUUUUUAUGGUUGAUUAAAGGCAAAUGCCAAGUAAAAAUGAAUCAACUAUCAAAGAAGCAAUUAGAACAUACUGCGGUAGACACGUUGAAAGAAAAUUUUAAAAAAUUAAAACAGUAUGCAAUCGAUGAAACAGAAAAUAGAUUACAGAAAGUGUUCCGCUCGCAUUUCGAUUCAAUCGAAAAGUAUUUGUUAGAACAAUCCAAUAAUAUACAAAUGGCCCUCGACGAUAAAAAACUGGAAAAAAAAGCGAUGGAAAAUCAAUUUAAUGAUCUUUUGAAUACAUUAAGUAUAAACAAAGAUUAUAUUGAAAAUACCUUAAAAGAAAUCAAUAAAUAUUUCAAAAACUGA